AUGUUCGUCCUACCACCCCCGCCCCGCUACCCCACGGGCCCCGGCGGUUACAACGGCCUCCCGGCGGGCACACCCGUGCCAAUGAUCGAAACAAACAACAUCAUCACUACCCCCUCGGGCCCCGAGUACCAAUUCUUGGUUGGCGAGGGGUUAUACGUGCUCAAGGACGACCUUCACCUCGCGACCCCUCCACCACAUCCAUCCGAAACACCAAUCACAAACCCCAAUCCCCUUGCGACAAACCCUCAGCCUGCCUCGGCCGGCACCCGGCUCACACUCCUCAAUCUCGACGUCAACCCCCAAAACACUGCCCUCUAUCGGACAAACUCACGAUCGGACGGCGCCCGAGGAAGCAUACAAGAGAAUCGCGAUGAGAGCCAGUCAUCGACAGACGUGCGUGAGAGCAGUAGCGAUGCUGGACGCAUCAGUUCUGUCGACACGCCGCUUGCGACAGUUAACACCAACACCCCAGCCUUUGGCGAGGGCAACACACUCCUUGCGCCAGUCGCCCAAAAGGAUGUGAACAAGCGGCGUAAGCCUAAGAAUAACAUGACAAAGAGCAACUCGUCGUUCAUAUCGAGAGUGAUCAACCAUGAAGCGCUGGCAAAGAAGUUGCAGGAGCGUUCUCGAGAUGGUCUGUUUGCAUUUGCCAACGUUAACCGCGCCUUCCAGUGGCUAGAUUUGUCUUCUCCAACAAAGACCGAAUAUUUGUCCAAGAUUCUGUUUACCAAGGCCCACUGCCUCUGCCAUGAUGUAAACAAGUUGACCAAGAGCUCCGCACAUAUUGAUGUUGUGAUGGGAUUUUCCACCGGUGAAAUUAUCUGGUGGGAACCCAUUACACAACGAUAUACCAGGCUCAAUAAAAAUGGUAUUAUCAACGGGACACCUGUAUCGCAAAUCGAAUGGAUUCCUGGAUCUGAGAACCUGUUUCUCGCUGCGCACAUGGACGGGGCACUGGUGGUCUAUGAUAAGGAGAAAGAGGACGGUAUCCUCGCUCUGGAAGACGAAGCCAGGCCUCAGAGUAGCGGCGAGGCCAACGGCACGGGACGGCCGAAUUAUACCUCGGAAAUCCACGUUCACAAGUCUGUCCACUCCAAAAGUCAAAAAGCCAACCCUGUGGCGGUUUGGAAGCUGUCCAACCACCGCAUCAAUGCGUUUGCAUUUUCUCCUGACAGCCGGCACUUGGCGGCCAUCUCGGAGGAUGGCACUCUGCGGAUCAUCGAUUACCUCAAGGAAGAACUCCUCGACCUCCACUACGCCUAUUAUGGCGGCCUGACCUGCGUGUGUUGGUCGCCUGACGGCAAGUAUCUCGUGACGGGUGGCCAGGACGACUUGAUCUCGAUUUGGUGUCCCUCAGAAAGUCCCGCGUUGAUUGCCCGGUGCCAGGGGCAUCACUCGUGGGUCACCUCGGUGGCCUUUGACCCGUGGCGGUGCGAUGAUCGCAACUAUCGCUUCGGCAGCGUCGGCGAGGACAGGCGUAUUUGUUUGUGGGAUUUCAGCGUUGGGAUGCUCCAUCGGCCUAGGGCAGCAUCCGUCCGACAACGAGGUUCCAUUUCUUCCCGCCCUGGGGUGGUCCCGCUACUACAACGCGCGGAAACCUCCGGGACGGCGGGUACGAACGGGACCGGCCGAGUGCGAUCGGACUCAAAUCUCUCCUCGGGCGGGGAGAAGGAGAGGGUGCUACCCCAUCCUGUUGAACCAAGGGCGACGACGGCGACACUGCCGCCUGUCUUGAGUAAAGUGGUCAGUGAUGAUGUGUUGUGCUGGCUCGGCUUCACACCAGACAGCAUUCUAACGAGCUGCAAGACUGGGCAUAUCCGAACAUGGACCAGGCCUUCGGAGCUGGCACAGCAGUUGGAAGAAAAGAUGGAGGAAUAA